AUGGCUGGGAACAAUCAAACAGAAGUGACUUUCUUCACACUCACUGGAUUUGCAAAUCACCCAGAAUUACAAGUCUGUCUGUUCUUGGUGUUUCUUUUUAUCUAUCUGUUCACUGUGUUGGGCAACCUUGGGUUAAUCAUAUUGAUCAGAAUUGACUCUCAGCUCCACACACCUAUGUACUAUUUCCUUAGCAAUUUAGCUUUCAUUGACCUAUUCUAUUCCUCCACUGUAACACCCAAGGUGCUAGUCAACUUCCAGUCCACACAAAAAUCCAUCUCCUUUGAAGGCUGCUUUGUUCAAAUGUACUUUUUUGUGGGUUUGGUGUGUAGUGAGUGUUUCCUUCUGGGCUCCAUGGCCUAUGAUCGCUAUGUAGCAAUCUGCAAUCCCUUGUUGUAUUCCACAGUUAUGUCCCAGAAAGUUUGUAACUGCCUGGGGAUCCUGCCUUUUGUGAUAGGCUUCACAAAUUCUCUGGUAUCCAUCUGUGUGAUAAGCAGCUUGCCUUUCUGUGAUUCCAACAUCAGUCAUUUCUUUUGUGACACCACGGCUCUUUUAGCCCUAUCCUGUGUAGAUGCCUUCAGAACAGAACUAGUGAUCUUUGCUCUAGCUGGGUUCACAAUCGUCAGUUCACUCCUCAUCAUCACAGUCACCUACUUGGCCAUCAUCUCAGCCAUCCUGAGAAUCCAAUCUGCAGCAGGCAGGCGGAAGGCCUUCUCCACCUGUGCCUCCCACCUCACCGGGGUCACUGUCUUCUAUGGUUCCCUCAUUUUCACCUAUUUGCAGCCUGACAACACCUCAUCCCUCACCCAGGCACAGGUAGCCUCUGUGUUCUACACGAUUGUCAUCCCCAUGCUGAACCCACUGAUCUACAGUCUGAGGAACAAGGAUGUGAAAAAUGCUCUUUUGAAAGUCAUACAUAGAAAACUCUUUCUAUGA